AUGCUGGUUCCAAGAAGAGUACUGGUGAUGAGCUGGAGGGGAGUGGCCAAGUCUAUACAGGGCCUUAUAGCUCAUUCCUUGCUUUUCUCAUUCACGCUUUUGCUUUCUUUCAAGCUAGACCGUGCCGUGUCUUACUCUUGGUGGAUUGUAUUUGCACCUCUGUGGCUAUUUCAUGCAGUCGUUGCACGUGGCCGGUUUUCCUUACCUGCUCCAUCAAUGCCUCACGAUCGGCACUGGGCACCAUGUCAUGCUGUUUUGGCAACACCAUUGCUUGUUGCUUUUGAAAUUCUUCUCUGUAUACAUCUCGAGAGAAGUUAUGUUGUAAAUCUGAAGAUUGUCUUUCUGCCACUAUUAGCAUUUGAAACAGCAAUUUUGAUUGAUAAUAUCAGGAUGUGUAGAGCUUUAAUGCCUGGAGAUGAAGAAAGCAUGAGUGAUGAAGCAAUAUGGGAGACUCUUCCUCACUUCUGGGUUGCAAUAUCUAUGGUCUUCUUCAUUGCUGCAACCACGUUCACUCUUCUCAAAUUAUGUGGUGAUUUGGCAGUUCUUGGUUGGUGGGACUUGUUUAUAAAUUAUGGUAUUGCAGAGUGCUUUGCCUUUCUAGUUUGCACAAAGUGGUAUAAUCCAGUAAUUCAUAGGCAUUCUCAUAAUGGAGGACCCAGUUCAUCGUCAACGAGUAGUAGAUAUAUUGACUGGAAUAGAGGCUUAAUAGUGUCAGAUGAACACGAGCAUCAGAUCAGUGGAAUUUGCAACCCUCAGGACAUUGGUGGACACUUUAUGAAAGUUCCUUUUAUUGUUUUCCAGAUCAUGCUUUUCAUGCGCUUGGAGGGAACGCCACCGGGUGCUGGACAUAUUCCUUGUCUGAUUCUUUUUGCUCCACUUAUUUUGAUUCAAGGAGCUGGGGUUUUGUUUGCUGCAUAUAGAUUGGUGGAGAAAAUUGUUCUUUUACUAAAUAGUGGAGCUGAUUCUGGUAGAUACUUAGCUGUCGCAUCAAAAGCUUAUGAUUAUUUUGGAUUUUUGCAUCAUGGAUCCAGGUUACUAGGGUGGUGGUCAAUUGAUGAGGGUAGUAGCGAGGAGCGGGCUAGACUUUAUUGUGCUGGAGGUUCAGGCUACAACACUUUCUCAGCAGAAAUUGUGAAGAAGAAGCCCAAAUCUGAACUUGUUGAUGAGAUUUGGAGAUUACAAGCUUUACUCAGUGAGCAAACGGAAAUAACAAAAUCUAGCCAGGAGGAGUAUGAAAGGCUGCAAAAUGACAAAAUCCUAUGUAGAAUUUGUUUUGAAGGACAAAUUAAUAUGGUCCUGCUUCCAUGCAGGCAUCAUGCCCUUUGCAGCACUUGCUGUGAAAAGUGUAAAAAGUGUCCAAUCUGCCGUGUCACCAUUGAAGAGCGGUUGCCUGUAUAUGAUGUGUAG